UGGCUGAAUCACUUCAUCCAUCGUACCCAGAAUGCAAAGUGAGACACCGAAACCUCAGCAGCAGCAGCAGCAGCAGCCCUAAACAUUUCAGGGUAUCAUGGCGACGAGUGCCACGGCUUCCCCUUGAGCCUCUGCAGCAACACAGAAAUUUCUUUCCUCUGCUACAUCAAAGCACGCAGCGAGUCUGAUGCGGCGCGGAGACCUGCCGGAGUUUUAGCCCAGACUGGAGAAAGGACAUAGCGAGAGACCGUCAUGGCAGCGUCGGAGCUGUACACAAAGCGUGCUCGGGUGUGGAUUCCCGAUGCAAAGGAGGUGUGGAAGUCUGCUGAGCUGAACAAGGACUACAAAAAUGGCGACACCUCUCUGCAGCUCAUGUUGGAGGAUGGAACGAACAUUGAGCACAAACUUGACCCCAAGACGAAGAACCUGCCUCACCUGCGAAACCCCGACAUCUUGGUGGGCGAAAAUGACCUCACAGCACUCAGCUACCUCCACGAGCCGGCCGUGCUGCACAACCUCAAAGUCCGCUUCAUGGACUCCAAGCUUAUCUACACUUACUGCGGAAUCGUUCUUGUGGCCAUCAACCCGUAUGAGACUCUGCCAAUCUACGGAGCAGACAUCAUCAAUGCCUACAGCGGUCAGAACAUGGGAGACAUGGACCCACAUAUCUUCGCCGUGGCAGAGGAGGCGUACAAGCAGAUGGCCAGGGAUGAGAGGAACCAGUCGAUCAUUGUGAGCGGGGAGUCCGGAGCGGGAAAGACAGUGUCAGCCAAAUACGCCAUGAGGUACUUUGCCACGGUCAGCGGCUCCGCCAGCGAGGCCAAUGUAGAGGAGAAAGUCUUGGCUUCCAACCCCAUCAUGGAGGCCAUUGGAAAUGCAAAGACCACCCGAAAUGACAACAGCAGUCGCUUUGGGAAGUACAUUGAGAUCGGCUUCGACAACCGCUUCCGUAUCAUCGGCGCCAACAUGAGAACGUAUCUGCUGGAGAAAUCGCGAGUGGUUUUUCAGGCGGAUGAGGAGAGGAAUUAUCAUAUCUUUUAUCAGCUGUGCGCAUCAUCCCAUCUGCCUGAGUUCAAGACUCUGAAGCUGAGCAGUGCAAACGACUUCUUGUACACCAGACAGGGCCGCAGCCCUGUUAUCGAAGGCGUGGACGACACCAAGGAGCUUUGCAACACGCGCGAUGCCUUCACUCUGCUCGGGAUUAAUGAGUCCUACCAGAUGGGGUUGUUCCAGGUUUUGGCUGCUAUUCUUCAUCUGGGAAAUGUGGAGAUAAAGGACAGAGACUCAGACAGCAGCGUCAUUCCUGCCAACAAUCGCCACCUGACGGCGUUCUGCGAGUUGGUUGGUGUGUCCUACCAAGACAUGUCUCAGUGGCUGUGCCACAGGAAGCUGAAGACUGCCACAGAGACGUAUAUCAAGACCCUCCCCCGCCUGCAGGCCACCAAUGCCCGUGACGCGCUGUCCAAACAUAUCUACGCCAAGCUCUUCAACUGGAUUGUGGAGCAUGUUAACAAAGCCCUAAUCACCAGUAUCAAAAAGCACUCUUUCAUCGGGGUCCUCGACAUCUACGGGUUUGAGACAUUUGAGAUCAACAGCUUUGAGCAGUUCUGUAUCAACUACGCUAAUGAGAAACUUCAACAACAGUUCAACAUGCACGUGUUCAAGCUGGAGCAGGAGGAGUACAUGAGGGAGGAGAUCCCAUGGACUCUGAUUGACUUCUACGACAAUCAACCCUGCAUCAACCUCAUAGAGGCCAAGAUGGGCAUCCUGGACCUGUUGGACGAGGAGUGCAAGAUGCCUAAAGGUUCGGAUGACUCGUGGGCUCAGAAACUCUACAACACUCACCUAAAGACCUGCACCCUGUUCGAGAAGCCACGCAUGUCCAACCGCGCCUUUAUCAUCCAACAUUUUGCUGACAAGGUGGAAUACCAGUGUGAGGGCUUCCUGGAGAAGAACAAAGACACAGUGAAUGAAGAACAGAUCAAUGUGCUGAAGGCCAGCAAGCAGAAGUUUGACCUGCUGGUGGAGCUGUUCCAGGAUGAGGAGAAAGCUACCAGCCCCACUGGUCAGCCCCCUGGCACCGGAGGCCGGACCCGCCUCAGCGUCAAACCUGACAAGAGCCGAGACAAGAGCAGCAAGGAGCACAAGAAGACCGUCGGCUGCCAGUUUCGUAACUCUCUGCAAAUGCUGAUGGAAACUUUGAACGCAACCACUCCGCACUACGUACGCUGCAUCAAACCCAAUGACUUCAAGACGGCCUUCUCGUUUGAUCCCAAACGUGCGGUGCAGCAGCUCAGAGCCUGUGGUGUCCUGGAAACCAUCCGCAUCUCUGCUGCAGGUUUCCCAUCCAGAUGGACCUACCAGGAGUUUUUCAGCCGUUAUAGAGUGUUGAUGAAACAGAAGGACGUGUUACCUGACAAGAAGUUGACCUGCAGGAACGUCCUGGAGAAACUAGUGCAGGACCAGGAUAAAUACCAGUUUGGUAAGACCAAGAUCUUCUUCAGGGCCGGCCAGGUUGCCUACCUGGAGAAGUUGAGGGCUGACAAGUUGCGUGCUGCCUGCAUUCGUAUCCAGAAAACCAUCCGCUGCUGGCUGGUUCGUAAGAAGUAUCUGCGCAUGCGCAGCUCUGCCAUCACCAUCCAGAGGUUCACCAGAGGAUACCAGGCUCGCUGCCUGGCCAAGUUCAUGCGUCGCACUCAGGCGGCCACCAUCAUCCAGAAGUACCAGAGGAUGUACGUGGAGAGGAAACGCUACAGACAGAAGCAGGCAGCUGCUCUGGUCAUGCAGACGAUCCUCAGAGCUUACAUGGCCCGGCAGAAGUACCAGGCGUUACUGCGGGAGCACAAGGCGGUGAUCAUUCAGAAGCGCGUUCGUGGCUGGCUGGCUCGGUGCUGGUACAAGCGCUGCCUCGUCUCAAUCGUCUACCUGCAGUGCUGCAUCCGCAGGAUGAGGGCCAGGCGCGAGCUGAAGAAGCUGAAGAUCGAGGCUCGCUCAGUGGAGCACUUCAAGAAGCUCAACAAAGGCAUGGAGAACAAAAUCAUGCAGCUGCAGAGGAAAAUCGACGAGCAGACCAAGGACAAUCGGGCGAUCAACGAGAGGCUAGCUGGUCUGGAGAGUUCCUACACGGCAGAGAGCGAGCGGCUGCGUAGCGACCUGAGCCGGCUGCGCGGAGUGGAGGAGGAGGCCAAAAACAAAACCAACCAGGUGGCCUCGCUGCUGGAGGAGCUGGAGAGGCUGAGGAAGGAGUUGAGUACCACGCAGAAGGAGAAGAAGACCAUCGAGGACUGGGCGCAAACCUACAGGAACGAAAUGGAGAAAAUGGUCUCGGAGCUGAAGGAAGAGAAUGGUUCACUGAAGCAAGACAAGGACAACUUGAACAGGAUGAUUCAGGAACAGAGUCAGCAGAUGACAGAGAAAAUGGCCCGUUCGAUCGCACAGGAGACUCAGCAGCUGGAGACGGAUCUGAACGAGGAGCGAUCUCGCUACCAGAAUCUCCUGACAGAACACCUUCGCCUCGAGGAGAAAUACGACGACUUGAAGGAGGUGAUGGCUUCUUCGAACAUCUCCAAGCCUGGCCACAGGAGAACAGAUUCCACCCACAGCAGCAACGAAUCAGAGUACACCUACAACUCAGAGUACGCCGAAUUGGAAGAAGGUUCCCGUGCCGCCGAAGAUGUGACCCGAGGAAUGGACACCUCGCUGACCCUCAAGCUGCAGAAACGUCUCACAGAACUGGAGCAAGAAAAGCAGUCGCUGCGCAACGAACUAGAAAACAAAGAGGAUCAGUUCCAGCGGGCUAGAGCCAGGGAUGACGCAGAGUUUAAAAAGGCUCGUGGGGCAGAGCUGGAGUAUGAGUCCCUGAAGCGUCAGGAGCUGGAGUCAGAGAACAAGAAGCUGAAGCAUAACCUGGCAGAGAUGAGGCAAAGCCUGCUGGGUAACGCAGCUGCAGGUGCGGGGGCCCCGGGUUCCCCAGCUUACAAGGUGCUCCUGGAGCAGCUCAACGCUUCCUGUGAGGAGCUGGACGUCCGCAAGGAGGAGGUGCUGAUCCUGCGCUCCCAGCUGGUCAGCCAGAAGGAAGCCAUGCACCACAAGGAUGAGAAGGAGACCAUGACCGAGCCGUCCGUCUAUGUUGGGGAUGUGUCCAAACUGAAGGACGCAGAUGAACUCAAGCAAGCAUGCAUAGGCCUCAAAGACACCAACAGAUCUCCUAGGUUCAUGCGUAAGCCGUUGGAAGUCAGUGACCUCCUGAGUAGGCUGAGAUCUGCCACUCCAGACUUCCAUAAGCUGAAUGAGGACGGAGAGCUGUGGCUGGUUAAUCAGGGCUUAAAGGAAACCAUCAGGUUACUGGAGCACCAGCUGCAGACUCAGCGUAGAAGUUACGAUAAUGAGGUGGAGGCAUUGCGCGGCGAGCUGCAGAAUGUCAAGGAGGAGAACAACCGUCAGCAGCAGCUCUUGGCCCAAAAUCUCCAGCUGCCUCCAGAAGCCCGAAUCGAAGCCAGCCUGCAACAUGAGAUCACCCGGCUCACCAACGAGAACCUGGAACUCAUGGCUGACGACCCCACAGCGUCCAGGGAGGCUCGAGUCAUCAUUUUACGACGGAUGGUUGAUCUAAUGGAGCAGCUGGAGAAGCAGGACCGAACCAUCCGCAAGCUCAAGAAGCAGCUGAAGGUUUACUCCAAGAGAAUUGGCGAGAUGGGAGCAGGUCAAACCGAGGGCCAGACGUCACCUGGACAGAUGGUGGACGAGCCGAUUCACCCCGUCAACAUUCCCCGCAGAGAGAAAGAUUUCCAAGGGAUGCUGGAGUACAAGAAGGAGGAUGAGCUCAAACUGGUCAAGAACCUCAUCCUGGAACUGAAACCUCGUGGUGUAGCCGUGAAUCUGAUCCCAGGUCUGCCUGCCUACAUCCUGUUCAUGUGUCUGAGACACGCGGACUAUGUCAACGACGACCAGAAGGUCCGCACUCUGCUCACCUCAUCCAUCAACAGUAUUAAGAAGAUCCUGAAGAAACGAGGGGAUGACUUUGAGACGGUCUCCUUCUGGCUGGCGAACACCUGCCGCUUCUUACACUGUCUGAAACAGUACAGCGGAGACGAGGCCUUCAUGAAGCACAAUACACCAAAGCAGAAUGAACACACACUGUCCAACUUUGACCUGGCAGAAUACAGACAGGUGAUCAGUGACCUGGCCAUCCAGAUCUACCAGCAGCUGAUCAAAUGCAUGGAGAACAUCCUCCAGCCCAUGAUAGUCUCUGGCAUGCUGGAACACGAGACCAUCCAGGGCGUGUCGGGGGUGAAGCCUACAGGUCUCCGUAAGCGGACAUCUAGCAUUGCUGAUGAAGGCACCUACACGCUGGACUCCAUCCUGCGGCAGCUCAGCGCCUUCCACUCCACCAUGUGCCAGCACGGCACCGACCCCGAGCUCAUCAAGCAGGUGGUGAAGCAGCAGUUCUAUAUAAUCGGCGCCGUCACCCUCAACAACCUGCUGCUACGCAAGGACAUGUGCUCCUGGAGCAAAGGCAUGCAGAUCAGGUACAAUGUGAGUCAGCUGGAGGAGUGGCUCAGAGACAAAGGUCUGAUGACAUGCGGAGCGAAGGAGACUCUGGAGCCCCUGAUCCAGGCUGCUCAGCUGCUGCAGGUGAAGAAAAAGACAGACGAGGAUGCCGAGGCCAUCUGCUCCAUGUGCCAGGCCCUCACCACCGCUCAGAUCGUGAAGGUCCUGAACCUCUACACUCCAGUAAAUGAGUUUGAGGAGAGAGUGUCUGUUGCAUUCAUACGAACCAUACAGACUCGCUUGCGAGACCGUUGUGAGAGUCCCCAGUUGCUGAUGGACACGAAGAUGAUUUAUCCGGUUACUUUCCCGUUUAGCCCUUCCUCCCUCGCCCUGGAAACCAUCCAGAUACCCAGCUCACUCAACCUGGGGUUCCUCACCCGUGUCUAGACCCAGGCCCCACAGGACGGUUCUGAGCCCUGCACCAAUUUUGAUGUAGUGGCCAAAGUUGGAGCUGCAAGUGACAUGACACUCGUGGGCCUAAAAACACAAACACAUCACAAGAGAAAAAAAUAAUAAUUCUGAGCUUCACAAACUUUCCAAAAUUAGAAUUUGUGUUAAAGCAAUUUGGGCAGUUAUGUCCAAAAAAUGAAUUGAAACGUCUCAAAGAAACAUGCUAUCUAGUUCUCUUAAGAUAUCCCUGAACACACACACAACAUACAAAAUGAAUGCUGAACUUUCAACAUGCAUCUGUACAAUACUUACAUCCUGUGAACGUACACAUGCACGCCUACACUCACGUGCACCUUCUCUCUUACAAAACGCACACAUACGCACAGUCGCCGCCGCUGGUUUAAAUCUGGCUGUAAAACGCCACCAUCCAUCCACCGCUUGUAUAAACGCCUGCCUCUUAGAGAAGCCACAGGGCCAGAUCAAUGCCUCCAGUACCCGCCCCCCACCGACACAUGGGUCUGUCUUAGUGGUCUUGACCCCAGUCACCCCAGCUGUCCCUCCUCUGUGUUUCAGCUAGUCGAUAAGAUAGUACUUCCUGUCAUCGUCUCGUUCUCCAGUGAGAAUGUACAUACCGAAACAUGAGGGCAGGCUCAAAAGGACGGUGAGAACAAAGUGGACUAACUUAAUAAGCUGUUGUCUAGCUCGAUAUGUUGGGUCUCUAUUUAGUAUGCGAGUGAUACUGCGCUAAAGUUAGCCUUCCCCCCCGGACCACGCUUUGUUCUGGAUGUUGUUGUUUUACUUUCUAAACACAGUCAAGCCAAGACAGAUCUCAUCGUCUGUACUAUAUUAUUUAUACAUAUAUAAAUAUUAAAAAAUAUAUAUCAUGUAUUUUAUUUAUUGCAUUCACCUCCGUCCCAACCCUCCCUUUUUUAGCUUAGAAGCUUUCUCUUUGCAGAAAAACGUGUCCAAAAUGAAGGAUGGGACCAUCACUUCCCAAGAUGAACAGCUUUGUAAGGACAGUUUUAGUUCCAUUGUGUAGGCUAUUUAUGCCAAUAUCAGGUAAAUGAUGUAGUAUUGUUUAGGGAGUGCCGGUACAGCUGAUUAUUUGUUAGGUCACGUCGUAAAUUAGAGAUGUCGCUUACUCACGUUUGUCCUGCAAUUCUGGCAGAUGAAGUGUAGCACGGGUUUUAACUGAGUAGAGAUUUAGGAGGUGCGAGGUCCAAACUCUGCCAAGGGUUUGAACCUGCUACAAUCUGUUUACUGCUGUGACCAGAGCUGAGCGUCACAGCAAACACUGGUACAAAGAUAUUUACUCCAACAUUACACUCGUGCUUACUGCUGUAUCACCGGGGCGUUUUGCACCCCUGACGCUUCUUUCUUCUCUCCACUUGUCUUCUCUGAUCACAGCUCUAGUCAGAGCUUUGAAAAUGUUUUACUAUUAUCAAUGUGGAAUAAUUUAUUUCAGUAUUGUCAUUUUGUCAAAGUUAUGUAUAUCAUAAAGCCAUGUAUCACUGAGCGGAGUGGACAGAGAGGGUUUCUCUGACGUUGGUUUUUGGAGAGUUUGGCAAAGCUCUGUCUAGCUUUUAUUUUUUUGCUAUAUUCCCACUAACUGCAGCUUUGUGGAGUGAUUCCUCUCAUGUCCUCCCUAAUGCCUUCCUGUUUAGUGGCCAAGAAAGCACAACAUGGGCUUUUAUUACCAAAAACAACAGAUUAUCUGGAGCUCUCAGCUGCACCUCAGGGUUAAGUUUAGGGUUUCUCGCAUAGUAAGAUAUUUUUGACUUUUCUGUUUGGCGCUCGGAUUGUCUUGGUUCAGAUAUCCAAACAUAUUUGGUAUUUCGUUUCAAAGUCUGAGGGCGAAAUUGCACCACACCCUUUUCCCAGUCAGUAUGACUACAGCGUGGUAUAAAAACAGCAUGCACCACUGCUGCUGCCCUCCACUCACCUGCAUGGGCCUGGCUUUACCAGCAUUACCAGAAAUUAACAGAAAUUUAAUUAUGUUUUUUUUUUUGGUUUGUACAAAGAAACCUCAGUGUGGUUGGGAGUCGUUGGAUGAGUGUCAGGGAAUCUGCCCAUGUCGUUACAAAAAGUAUUUUGUUUGCAUUACCUUUGUCCUCGCUGCCUCGUAUUUAGCACUUUUGCUUCUUUACGUCCUGUGGUGCCAUUAGUAUUAACAGUCAACCAAAUUUGCCUCUUGCCCUCAUGUGAACCUUAUUUUUGCCUGAUGACCUUACCCUUUCAAACAGAUAUUUUACUUUGAGAGAAUAGUCUUUUUUUUUGUGCUUAGAUAUGUAGGAGAGUGGGAAUGUUCACCAAAACUGGACAGAGAAUGAAUUUUAAUUAAAUGUUAAGUCUAAAAAUUAUUCUUCUGGAGCAGCCAACCAACCAAGAAGGCGAAGUAGAUUUAAAUGUUUUGCAGUAGUGAGAGCCGGGAAAACAUCCUGGCGAAGAUAUAGUAUAUGCUGAGAAAUAACCAUGGUUUACCAAGUAUCUCAUGAAAUGCCACCACUCUUACUCUGUCAGGAACAAGCUACAGACGGAAACAAAUUGUAAGUUAGUAUGUUGUUGUAAGUUGAUUUGUGCUGCACUAUUUGAAACUAAUUUGAUAUCGGUAUGCUCUCAUUGGGACCACAUGUUAUCAGUCUGCCUUUUUGUUAUAUAGUUUGGAUUAAUAGGUAGUUCAAAGUAUGGUUUGUGUAAACAUAUCGGCAGGUUGUGGCAAGAAAGAUGGUAACUGAAGGAAUGAAUUAACCACAUGAAUGUUUAAAAUUGAAGUGUGUCAUGAUUUUAGCUGCACAUUGUGGAUGAAGCCUUAUCUGAAUGAUUUGCUCUCUGAAUGACGUGAUCAACAUUGUGGAAUUGUUUUGUUCUGUCUGUAUAGUGUUUUUCUCACUGUAAAAUGAAUAUAAAUUGUUAAAAGUGAUCAUUUUUAUUUUGAUAAGGCGUCCUUUUGUCCUACAGUUGGUGUCACAGAUGGGUUGCACUGUUUAGCCACCAGUCAAAAUGCAGUCAGAUAAAUGAUAGAUGUGUAUGAAGAAAUACUUCACCUUUAAGAGCCUUUCUUCCUUUGACUCCCACCACCUUUUUAAUGAACUGUAGCCCAUCAAGCUUCCUCCACCACAUUCCCUGUGCAAGCGGGCGCUUCACUUUCUAAAACAGUGAUUUUAUUCUUUCUUGCUGCUUUAUGAAAACUAUCAAUCAAUGCAAGCCACGGGUAAGAGGACACGCUCUUGUGAAUUUCACCAGCCUUCUCAGACUUGGUCAAGACGUAUUAAGAGUGCAGAGUGGGAAGGCUGGCCUAGUUUCAGAGGAGGAAUAAAAAGAAAACACAUGUUCCUUCAUUGGUUGAUGUUGUUGAGCAGAGCUGCAGCGUCUUGUUCCCCUGGGCUUCUCUUGGGCUCUCAAACAGGAGAAAAUGUCAUUCCCUCACUCUGUGUUUUUACAUUAAAGAGAAAGCUGUGUGAUAUGAUCCAGACAUUAUAAAUUACCACUGUUCUUAUCAGCACUAGGGUUGAUUGUGCCAUUUUAAAUAAAAGAAAAAAUGUUAAAGACAAACAUCAUCACCCCAGCUGUUGUGGUACUGGUGUGAACAUGCUGAAGCCGGUACCAAAUGUUCCCUCUCUGACCCAUGUGUACAUUUGACAAACUGGACUGUUUGUAGUUUCUGGUAGCUGUGCUUAGUGAAUGUGUUCACCGUUAAGAAACUAAGAAACUUGGAAUAAAUUGUCAGAUCUGUAAAAGUGAAAUAAAAGAAUUCAGCACUA